UAACAAGUGGUUUAUUUUAAAAAUCAUACCUUUUAAAAUUUAGGUUCAGAUAAUAGUAAAAGUCAUCAUAAUAAUUUAAAGGAAAACCAGCAGAAAUCGAAGCAAAUAUGUCUGGAGAAGUGCGUUUGAGGCAGUUGGAGCAGUUUAUUUUGGACGGGCCCGCUCAGACCAAUGGGCAAUGCUUCAGUGUGGAGACAUUACUGGAUAUACUUAUCUGUCUUUAUGAUGAAUGCAAUAAUUCUCCAUUGAGAAGAGAGAAGAACAUUCUCGAAUACCUAGAAUGGGCUAAACCAUUUACUUCUAAAGUGAAACAAAUGCGAUUACAUAGAGAAGACUUUGAAAUAUUAAAGGUGAUUGGUCGAGGAGCUUUUGGGGAGGUUGCCGUAGUAAAACUAAAAAAUGCAGAUAAAGUAUUUGCCAUGAAAAUAUUGAAUAAAUGGGAAAUGCUGAAAAGAGCUGAGACAGCAUGUUUUCGUGAAGAAAGAGAUGUAUUAGUGAAUGGAGACAAUAAAUGGAUUACAGCCUUGCACUAUGCUUUCCAGGAUGACAAUAACUUAUACCUGGUUAUGGAUUAUUAUGUUGGUGGGGAUUUGCUUACUUUACUCAGCAAAUUUGAAGAUAGAUUGCCUGAAGAUAUGGCUCGAUUUUACUUGGCUGAGAUGGUGAUAGCAAUUGACUCAGUUCAUCAGCUACAUUAUGUACACAGAGACAUUAAACCUGACAAUAUACUGAUGGAUAUGAAUGGACAUAUUCGGUUAGCAGAUUUUGGUUCUUGUCUGAAGCUGAUGGAAGAUGGAACGGUUCAGUCCUCAGUGGCUGUAGGAACCCCAGAUUAUAUCUCUCCUGAAAUCCUUCAAGCCAUGGAAGAUGGAAAAGGCAGAUAUGGACCUGAAUGUGACUGGUGGUCUUUGGGGGUCUGUAUGUAUGAAAUGCUUUAUGGAGAAACACCAUUUUAUGCAGAAUCUCUGGUGGAGACAUACGGAAAAAUCAUGAAUCACAAAGAGAGGUUUCAGUUUCCAGCCCAAGUGACUGAUGUGUCUGAAAAUGCUAAGGAUCUUAUUCGAAGGCUCAUUUGUAGCAGAGAACAUCGACUUGGUCAAAAUGGAAUAGAAGACUUUAAGAAACAUCCAUUUUUCAGUGGAAUUGAUUGGGAUAAUAUUCGGAACUGUGAAGCACCUUAUAUUCCAGAAGUUAGUAGCCCAACAGAUACAUCGAAUUUUGAUGUAGAUGAUGAUUGUUUAAAAAAUUCUGAAACGAUGCCCCCACCAACACACACUGCAUUUUCUGGCCACCAUCUGCCAUUUGUUGGUUUUACAUAUACUAGUAGCUGUGUACUUUCUGAUCGGAGCUGUUUAAGAGUUACAGCUGGUCCCACCUCACUGGAUCUUGAUGUUAAUGUUCAGAGGACUCUAGACAACAACUUAGCAACUGAAGCUUAUGAAAGAAGAAUUAAGCGCCUUGAGCAAGAAAAACUUGAACUCAGUAGAAAACUUCAAGAGUCAACACAGACUGUCCAAGCUCUGCAGUAUUCAACUGUUGAUGGUCCACUAACAGCAAGCAAAGAUUUAGAAAUAAAAAACUUAAAAGAAGAAAUUGAAAAACUAAGGAAACAAGUAACAGAAUUGAGUCAUUUGGAACAGCAACUUGAAGAAGCUAAUGCUGUGAGGCAAGAGCUAGAUGAAGCUUUUAGACAAAUCAAGGCUUAUGAAAAACAAAUCAAAACAUUACAACAAGAAAGGGAAGAUCUAAAUAAGGAACUAGUCCAGGCUAGUGAGCGAUUAAAAAACCAAUCCAAAGAGCUGAAAGACGCACACUGUCAGAGGAAACUGGCCAUGCAGGAAUUCAUGGAGAUCAAUGAGCGGCUAACAGAAUUGCACACCCAAAAACAGAAACUUGCUCGCCAUGUCCGAGAUAAGGAAGAAGAGGUGGACCUGGUGAUGCAAAAAGUUGAAAGCUUAAGGCAAGAACUGCGCAGAACAGAAAGAGCCAAAAAAGAGCUGGAAGUUCAUACAGAAGCUCUAGCUGCUGAAGCAUCUAAAGACAGGAAACUACGUGAACAGAGUGAGCACUAUUCUAAGCAACUGGAAAAUGAAUUGGAGGGACUGAAGCAAAAACAAAUUAGUUACUCACCAGGAAUAUGCAGCAUAGAACAUCAGCAAGAGAUAACCAAACUAAAGACUGAUUUGGAAAAGAAAAGUGUCUUUUAUGAAGAAGAAUUAUCUAAAAGAGAAGGAAUACAUGCAAAUGAAAUAAAAAAUCUUAAGAAAGAACUGCAUGAUUCAGAAGGUCAGCAACUUGCUCUCAACAAAGAAAUUAUGAUUUUAAAAGACAAAUUGGAAAAAACCAGGAGAGAAAGUCAAAGUGAAAGGGAAGAAUUUGAAAGUGAGUUCAAACAACAGUAUGAACGAGAAAAAGUGUUGUUAACUGAAGAAAAUAAAAAACUGACAAGUGAACUUGAUAAGCUUACUACUUUGUAUGAGAACUUAAGUAUACACAACCAGCAGUUAGAAGAAGAGGUUAAAGAUCUAGCAGACAAGAAAGAAUCAGUUGCACAUUGGGAAGCCCAAAUCACAGAAAUAAUUCAGUGGGUCAGCGAUGAAAAGGAUGCACGAGGGUAUCUUCAGGCCUUAGCUUCUAAAAUGACUGAAGAAUUGGAGGCAUUAAGAAAUUCCAGCUUGGGUACACGAGCAACAGAUAUGCCCUGGAAAAUGCGUCGUUUUGCAAAACUGGAUAUGUCAGCUAGACUGGAGUUGCAGUCAGCUCUGGAUGCAGAAAUAAGAGCCAAACAGGCCAUCCAAGAAGAGUUGAAUAAAGUUAAAGCAUCUAAUAUCAUAAUAGAAUGUAAACUAAAAGAUUCAGAGAAGAAGAACUUGGAACUGCUCUCAGAAAUCGAACAACUGAUAAAGGACACUGAAGAGCUUAGAUCUGAAAAGGGUAUAGAGCACCAAGACUCACAGCAUUCUUUCUUGGCAUUUUUGAAUACGCCUACCGAUACUCUGGAUCAAUUUGAAACUGUAGACUCCACUCCACUUCCAGUUCACACACCAACCUUAAGGAAAAAAGGAUGUGCUGGUUCAACUGGCUUUCCACCUAAGCGCAAGACUCACCAGUUUUUUGUAAAAUCUUUUACUACUCCUACCAAGUGUCAUCAGUGUACCUCCUUGAUGGUGGGUUUAAUAAGACAGGGCUGUUCAUGUGAAGUGUGUGGAUUCUCAUGCCAUAUAACUUGUGUAAACAAAGCUCCAACCACUUGUCCAGUUCCUCCUGAACAGACAAAAGGUCCCCUGGGUAUAGAUCCUCAGAAAGGAAUAGGAACAGCAUAUGAAGGUCAUGUCAGGAUUCCUAAACCAGCCGGAGUGAAGAAAGGGUGGCAGAGAGCACUGGCUAUAGUGUGUGACUUCAAACUGUUUCUGUACGAUAUUGCUGAAGGAAAAGCAUCUCAGCCCAGUGUUGUCAUUAGUCAAGUGAUUGACAUGAGGGAUGAAGAAUUUUCCGUGAGUUCAGUGUUGGCUUCUGAUGUUAUCCAUGCAAGUCGAAAAGAUAUACCGUGUAUAUUUAGGGUCACAGCUUCCCAGCUCUCAGCAUCUAAUAACAAAUGUUCAAUCCUGAUGCUAGCAGACAGUGAGAAUGAGAAGAGUAAGUGGGUGGGAGUGCUGAGUGAAUUGCACAAGAUUUUGAAGAAAAACAAAUUCAGAGACCGCUCAGUCUAUCUUCCCAAAGAGGCUUAUGACAGCACUCUACCCCUCAUUAAAACAACCCAGGCAGCCGCAAUCAUAGAUCAUGAAAGAAUUGCUUUGGGAAACGAAGAAGGAUUAUUUGUUGUACAUGUCACCAAAGAUGAAAUUAUUCGAGUUGGUGAUAAUAAGAAGAUUCAUCAGAUUGAACUCAUUCCAAAUGAUCAGCUUGUUGCUGUGAUCUCAGGACGAAAUCGUCAUGUACGACUUUUUCCUCUGUCAGCAUUGGAUGGGCGAGAGACCGAUUUUUACAAGCUGGCAGAAACUAAAGGGUGUCAAACCAUAACUUCUGGAAAGGUGCGCCAUGGAGCUCUCACAUGCCUGUGUGUGGCUAUGAAAAGGCAGGUCCUCUGUUAUGAACUAUUUCAGAGCAAGACUCGUCACAGAAAAUUUAAGGAAAUUCAAGUCCCAUAUAAUGUCCAGUGGAUGGCAAUCUUCAGUGAACAACUCUGUGUGGGAUUCCAGUCAGGAUUUUUAAGAUACCCUUUGAAUGGAGAAGGAAGUCCAUACAGUAUGCUCCAUUCAAAUGACCAUACACUAUCAUUUAUUGCACAUCAACCAAUGGAUGCUAUCUGCGCUGUUGAGAUCUCCAGUAAAGAAUAUCUGCUGUGUUUUAACAGCAUUGGGAUAUACACUGACUGCCAGGGCCGAAGAUCUAGACAACAGGAAUUGAUGUGGCCAGCAAAUCCUUCCUCUUGUUGUUACAAUGCACCAUAUCUCUCAGUGUACAGUGAAAAUGCAGUUGAUAUCUUUGAUGUGAACUCCAUGGAAUGGAUUCAGACUCUUCCUCUCAAAAAGGUUCGACCCUUAAACAGUGAAGGAUCAUUAAAUCUUUUAGGGUUGGAGACCAUUAGAUUAAUAUAUUUCAAAAAUAAGAUGGCAGAAGGGGACGAACUGGUAGUUCCUGAAACAUCAGAUAAUAGUCGGAAACAAAUGGUUAGAAAUAUUAACAAUAAGCGACGUUAUUCCUUCAGAGUCCCAGAAGAGGAAAGGAUGCAGCAGAGGAGGGAAAUGCUACGAGAUCCAGAAAUGAGAAAUAAAUUAAUUUCUAAUCCAACUAAUUUUAACCACAUAGCACACAUGGGUCCUGGAGAUGGAAUACAGAUCCUGAAAGAUCUGCCCAUGAACCCUCGGCCUCAGGAAAGUCGGACAGUAUUCAGUGGCUCAGUCAGUAUUCCAUCUAUCACCAAAUCCCGCCCUGAGCCUGGCCGCUCCAUGAGUGCUAGCAGUGGCCUGUCAGCAAGGUCAUCUGCACAGAAUGGCAGCGCAUUAAAGAGGGAAUUCUCUGGAGGAAGCUACAGUGCCAAGCGGCAGCCCAUGCCCUCCCCAUCAGAGGGCUCUUUGUCCUCCGGAGGCAUGGACCAAGGAAGUGAUGCCCCGGCGAGGGACUUUGACGGAGAGGACUCUGACUCUCCGAGGCAUUCCACAGCUUCCAACAGUUCCAACCUAAGCAGCCCCCCAAGCCCAGUUUCACCCCGAAAGACCAAGAGCCUCUCCCUGGAGAGCACUGACCGCAGGAGCUGGGACCCGUGAGCUGCCUCAGCACUGAGACCUCUCGCUCUCCGCUCCCUGCCACUCGCCUCUUCUCACUUCCAUCUCUUCCCUCCACCUCAGCCUGAAAGCCACCAGGGGCUGGCAGCAGUAGCAGGACAAGGAUUCAGGAGUUCUGACGACAUGACUCUCAAAUCCACGCCCCUAGCCUAACAGCAACAACAAAGACAGACUUUCCAUAGCAGCUUAGAUUAACGUUGAUUUCAUUCCAUGCAUUUAGAGUUGCUUUCAGUAACAUUUUGCCCCUACUCCCAAAGGUAGUUUAAAUAGAUUACACAAAUGUAAGUGAUAAGAAUAAGAUUAGACAGAUUUUGCUUUCACAGUAGAGUCUCAUUAUAGUCCUAAAAUAGCUCAUGGGAUUCUCCGCAUCCAGAAGGGAGAAUCCGUCCCUGGAGUGGCUCACUAAGCUCUUAAUCGGCAACCACAGUGAGUGUCAACCUGAUUGUUGCCAGGAAAUCCUUAUGAAUUAAAACAAUACAUAUUUUACUACAAUACAGAGUUUAAAUGAAUACAUAAAUGUAGAAGUACUGAAAGUAUAUAUUUAAAAGGAGCCUCUUAUAUUCAACAAAAGAUGGAUGCAUAUAUAAGAGAGAUGAUUUAAUUUAAAGAAAUACGUUGUUUCUUGUCUGUUUCCCAGCUAAGUAAUGUAAAGGGUGGAAAGGCCUCAAGCUCACAUUUUUAGAGGCAGAGCGAGAGAAAUCAGAGUUCCCUUUAUUGCCCUGUCCUCAAACUGGUCGUAGGCUCCAGUCACCCGGAGAGCUUUGGAAAACAUUUGCAGAGCCUGGUUUUGCUGGUCUGGAGUGUGCCCUGGCACCAGAGCUUUAACAUCUGAAGCCACGUCAGCAGCAGCAGCAGAAGGCUAACUCAUAUCCACCCAAGGUGUUUCUUUUUCUAGUGGUAGAAUUUGAACACUUCUCACUUUUUAUUGUAUUUUUAUCUUCUGCAGAUAAAUGUAGAAAUAUAUGAUUCUGUCACCUCUGAUCCCUUCCAUCUGAAAGGGUGCAAGGAGUGUUGUAGCUUCUGAAGGUCCAGAAAAUAGUUUCUAAAAAUGCUUUUAUUCCUGGUCUCAUCCUGUCCCUCCCUAAGUCACAGUGAGGUAGGUGUCUGUCCCAGGGCUGGAGACGGUUCCCAAGGAGGAGUCUGUUUUGUUGAGGGUGAGCAUGAGCUUCUCUUCAGAUAAGCCUGGGAAAGGAAGAAAAAAAGGCUUUCAUUACCAAAUAAUGUAAAACCUCAAAAGCAAGGGCUUGAACAGCCUUAACCAAAUAUUAUUCCCAUAGCCAGUGGAAAAUGGACAUGACAACCCCAGUGCACAGGCCAGAGUGAGCCCAGCAUGGCGCUCGGACUGGCUUCCUCUCUCAGGUGCUGGAUUGUGGGGUUAGUGGCAUUUUCAGCUGGAUUCCUCCUGUUGUAGUUGCCAUAAGGAAAUGAGAUGCAGAAUCAGAAUGAUCUAUUUCUACAGAGUCAUUUCACCAGUUAAGUACAUGAGUAGAGAAAGAGAUAAAAAUAAAAAUAUCUCAUGGAAGGAAAGAGA